UGCAGCAGAGGAAACUUGGAUCUGUCCGGAGACUGACACUCAUUCAUCCACUCAAUUAACAGCUAAUUACAAGCCUGUUGUGGAGUCUGGACUGUGUGUUUUGUCUUUGUGUGAUUCACCACGACGUCCCACACUGCUGCAAAGACCCUGAACCACACCGCGGGAGCAACUUCUGGAGACAUAAACUGGGUGUACACAGACAGCCGGCGGAGGACUCGGGCAGACAUGUCGGACAGCGCCGGUUGCGAGUUUGAGAUCGACGUGGAGACUCUGGAGACGGAGAGCGACGACCUGCCGGAGCCCUCCAGCCGCCCCGGCUCAGCUCCGCUCGGCCACGCCGCCUCCGAGGAUGACGGAGACGGCGGCAAAAGCGACGACAAGCCGGGCCCCAGCGGCGGCAUGUGUCCGGGGGACCAGAGGAAGCUGAGCCGGACCCCGAAGUGCGCACGCUGCCGAAAUCACGGCGUGGUGUCCUGCCUGAAGGGACACAAGCGCUUCUGCCGCUGGAGGGACUGCCAGUGCGCCAACUGCCUGCUGGUGGUGGAGAGGCAGCGCGUGAUGGCGGCGCAGGUGGCCCUGAGGAGACAGCAAGCCACGGAGGAUAAGAAAGGAAUAUCUGGGAAACAAAUUCCAGCAGAGAGGAGGACGAUAUAUCAGCGACACAUUCGACCGUCCACCAUGCUCGCCAAAAGCAUCCUCGAAGGAUACCGUCCGGUGCAGUCUGAUCCCUUCCUGGCGGCCAACCCGUCUCUCCCUCCGCCACUGAGCGAUCGCAUGAGAAAGAGACGGGCCUUCGCCGACAAGGAGCUGGAAACAAUCAUGCUGGAGCGGGAGUACAAAGAACGAGAGCUGCUGGAGAACAGCCAGGCGGCCUCGAUCAUCUUCCCCAACAGCAUGGCCCACCACGCCGCAGAGUACAACUACAAGACGGCCUACUCGCCUGCGGCGCAGGCCGAGCCGCAGCCUAAAGAGCUGUGCAACUUCCUGGGCCCUAACUGCCUGGAUCUGUCCAUGCAGUAUCCCGCCGGCUCCGCCAACGUCGAGCUCAUCUCCUCCAACGUCAGCGUGGCCACCACCUACCGCCACUACCCGCUGCAGCCGUCACGAGGCGGCUUCAUGAUGUGGCCCCGCAGUGCAGCCAACUUGGGGGACGCCUUGCUCUACCAGCAGUGUCUGUUCAACGCCACGGCGGUGCAGAACAGGAAGCCAGGGGCCGUGUGGGAGCCCAAAGCGAUGCCUGCCGAGAGCCAGCCGCCAGAGCAGGAGGCUGCUCUCGCUGCCAAACUGGAAGGAUCCCGAGCAGCUGCCCUGCAGGACUCAUCAGACCCUCAGCGGGCUGAUCCCAAACCUCCCGGUGUUGCCCAAGGGGGGCAGAGGGAGUGCUCAGCCUUCUCUCCGCCCAAGAGGAGCUUCGGACAAUCGUUCCCCAACAACUCUCAUUCCCAAAACUCCAGCCAAGUCCUGAACAAGCUGAGCAAAGACAGCGCUAAGCUUUCCAUGAAACUCAACUCCUUUCACUCCCUCAUCCAGCACUCGCUGAGUGAGAAAUCCAGCGGCGGGGCCGGGCUGGAGCUCGGGGCUCCGUACUGCAAAGAGCUCCUAGAGGAGGCUGCCCGGAAGUUCAGAGAGGGCUCUGCCAAAGACAUUCAGGCUGUCAAAAUCACCGACAGGUACGCCAAAGACUUUCUGUCCAAGCCUGUGGGGACCAAGAUGGCGUCCGGUGAGUCUUUGUCCUUCUCUGUGGAGGCCAUACUGAAGAGACCCACACCCGCCAUGAGUCGAGCAUUCCAUUAAUUUCCACUAUUCUUGCACUAUAGGCAUCAGGUUUGUCUCAGUUAGAGGGCAUCCCAAGUUGUGGUUUUGGGGUCAAACUAAAUCUUAAACACACAGGCACUGCGUUAGAAACUAGACCAGCUAGAACCGAUUUGUUUUUCCUGAUGUAAUAUUUAUGUACAGUAUAUUAUAUUUUCCAUUUGCAUGUUUUAAUAACGUUAUUGUGUAGAGUAUUUAAACAUUAUCCCAAUGUUUUCCUCAUGUCAAUAAACUUUAAAA